UCAUUUUAGUGAUGUGGACCUAGACUGUAACUGAUACUUGAAGAUUUCCGCCUACACUUCUGAAGUCUUGAUCAAUAUGGCCUGUUGCAGCUGGCCUUGUGGGUCUCAUUUGUAAGUCGACCGUGGAGGGCAACUCAACCAAACUCGAUAAUCCCUCAUCAGCGACAUCAGCGACUGGAUUGAUUCACUCGCUCGGUGGCCCUCCUCCUCCUCCUCCUCCUCCUCCUCCUCCUCCUGCUCCUCCUCCUCCUCUUCUCGUUCAUCAUGGAUAAUGGAACGGAUCUUUCGUCAAGACAGGAAACGUGUGUGAAACGGAGGAAAACCCACCUUCUGCCCGACGGGGUCCCCACCAAAGCUACCAAUGUGUUCGAGCAAGAGCAUAAAGUCUCGCGAGAACACCGAGGUCGAAUCCUGGGAGGACGCGGUCAAUUUCGAGGCUGUACCAUAUGGUUUACGGGGCUAUCUGGUGCGGGCAAGACCACCAUUGCUUUUGCCUUGGAAGAGUUCCUCGUGGCCAAAGGUGUGUUUUGCUACGGAUUGGAUGGCGAUAAUAUUCGAGGUGGACUUUGCAGCGAUUUGGGCUUCUCCAGUGAAGAUCGAGAUGAGAACAUCCGGCGUGUUACGGAGGUGUCGAAAUUAUUCGCGGAUUCGGGCACCGUGUCCAUUUGCUCGUUCGUUUCGCCGUUCAGCAAGCAUCGUGAUUUCCCUCGUCAAGUGCACGAAACGUCCAAUCUGCCAUUUCUGGAGGUAUUUGUCGACACGCCUCUGACCGAAUGCGAGAUCAGGGAUACCAAGGGCCUCUACAAGAAAGCCCGAGCAGGCCUGAUCAAAGGCUUCACGGGUAUCGACCAAGCGUAUGACGUGCCCGAAAACCCCGAGCUCGUGGUGAAAACCGUGGGUCGAUCCGUGCAAGAUUGCGUUCAAGAUGUGUUGAAUGUACUCGUUGCCAAUGGGAUUUUGACCAAGAACGUGGCGGAUGAGGCUGAAACCUGGUUUCAAUCCAAUCGAAAGAUGCAUCCGAUCCCUUUUGAAGAAGACAUUGAUGACUUGUUCGUGCCCCAACAUCUGCGAGAACAGAUUCUGGAGGAAGCUCGCCAACUUCCGAAAUUAGAACUCGGACCCAUCGACCUUCAGUGGCUUCAGGUAUUGGGUGAAGGCUGGGCUCCGCCUUUGACAGGAUUUAUGCGCGAAUCCGAGUAUUUGCAGUGCUUGCAUUUCAAUUGCUUCGUCGGGGACAAAAAGUCCAACCAAUCGAUACCCAUUGUCUUGGCCAUUACUGAUCAGGACCGAGCUCGACUGGAAGGCUGUGAUGCAUUAGCAUUGACUCGAAAAGGCCAAGUAUUGGCCGUCCUACGUCGUCCGGACAUCUUCAAGCACAAUAAAGAAGAGCGAUGCGCUCGCACUUUUGGAACAACUCAUUCUGAACAUCCCAUGAUCAAGAUGAUUUUGAACAGUGGUGACUACUUAAUUGGAGGGGAUCUGGAGGUUUUGGAGCGGAUCAAAUGGAACGAUGGCUUGGACGCGUAUCGAUUAACACCGAACGAGCUUCGAGAACGCUUUCGCAAUCUGGGAGCGGACACGGUGUUCGCAUUUCAACUCCGAAACCCGAUUCAUAAUGGUCAUGCUCUACUCAUGCAAGAUUGCAAACGUCAAUUGAACGAGCGCGGGUUUAAGAACCCAGUAUUAUUGCUUCAUCCCUUGGGAGGAUGGACCAAAGAGGAUGAUGUUCCAUUGAAUGUGAGGAUACAGCAACACAAAGCCAUCCUGGAAGCCCACGUCCUAGACCCUAAGUCCACGGUCUUGGCCAUUUUCCCAUCCCCCAUGAACUACGCCGGACCAACUGAGGUUCAAUGGCACGCCAAAGCCAGAAUGGCCACUGGAGCCCAUUUCUAUAUCGUGGGUCGAGAUCCGGCCGGUUUGCCCAAUCCCAAUGGAUCUGGCCAAGACCUGUACGAUCCCACACAUGGAGGGCGAGUAUUGGCCAUGGCUCCGGGUCUGGAGAGCCUAGAAAUCAUCAAAUUUCGAGUCGCUGCCUACGAUGUCAAGGCCAAAGCCAUGAGUUUCUUCGACGAGACGCGGAAGGGUGAUUUCCUGAAGAUCUCUGGCACCGAAAUGCGUCGAUUGGCGAGAACUGGAGAACACCCACCCGAUGGUUUUAUGGCUCCAGGUGCUUGGCAAGUGUUGGCCGCGUACUACACGGGUCUCCAGGAUUAAGUCUUGAUGCCAUCCCUUCUCUGCUCUCUGUGACGACUCUUUGAACGUUGGAGUAACGUUUUGAUGUGUUUGUACUUUCACUGUGAUCUCUUUUUAACAAGCAAAACUACACCCCCGGCUUGAAAUAUAAGCACAAAUCACACCUACC